UUCACAAACGUCAUCGCCUACGUCAUCCAGUGUACUUCCGGUAUGAUCAGAAAACAACAGAGAGGAGCGAAACGGCGUGUGUAAAUGUUAAAAUAGCGUAACAGAAGCUUGUAUUUUUCUUUUGGCUUGUUCAAGGGAACAAAGACAAACACGUCGACAUGUUUUCUUUUCACGUCUUCGACCACCCAAUGUCUCGCGGGUUUCAGAACCGCUUUUCCACCCAGUACCGCUGCUACUCGGUGUCGAUGCUGGCUGGUCCGAAUGACCGCUCUGAUGUGGAGAAAGGAGGCAAAAUUAUAAUGCCACCUUCAGCACUUGACCAACUCAGUAGACUUAACAUCACCUACCCUAUGCUAUUCAAGCUGACCAACAAGAACUCCGAUCGAAUGACACACUGUGGGGUUCUGGAGUUUGUGGCCGAUGAGGGAAUCUGCUACUUGCCACACUGGAUGAUGCAGAAUCUGCUGCUGGAGGAAGGUGGUCUGGUCCAGGUGGAGAGUGUCAACCUUAUGGUGGCCACCUACUCAAAGUUUCAGCCACAGAGUCCCGACUUUUUGGACAUUACAAACCCAAAAGCAGUGCUGGAGAAUGCUUUGCGGAACUUUGCCUGCUUGACCACUGGUGAUGUCAUAGCCAUCAACUACAAUGAAAAGAUUUAUGAGCUGCGAGUAAUGGAGACCAAGCCUGAUAAAGCAGUAUCAAUUAUUGAGUGUGACAUGAAUGUGGAUUUUGACGCUCCGUUGGGUUACAAAGAGCCUGAGCGCCGUCCUCAGAACCACGAAGAACCAACCGAGGAAGAGGCAGAUCCAAGCAGUUACUUUGACAUGGAUCUAGGAUUCAGAGCUUUCACCGGCUCUGGCAAUCGUUUGGAUGGUAAAACAAAAGGGAUUGAGCCCAGCCCAUUUCCUCUGACCGCCAACGACAUUAAAAGAGGUAUUCCCAACUAUGAGUUCAAAGUCGGCAGAAUCACCUUCAUCAGAAACUCAAGGCCACAGCCUAGGAAAAUGCUUGAUGAUGAUGACGCCAUGAACAGAUUCAUCGCCUUUUCCGGAGAAGGACAAUUAUUACGCAAGAAAGGAAGAAAGCCAUGAUGAGUUCGAACAGGACUUCAUUCAAAUGCGCGUGCACUCACACACACACACACACACACACACACACACACACACAUAUUGUCACUUACACUUGUAGAGGGAAAGCAUUCUUUCAGGUGCACAGGGAUGUUGUGUUCCCAUCACUUUGGAAAUUGCAGUUCUGUGGAGUUGGGCUAAGUGCCGUGUUAAAAUGGGCAGUCAUAUUUCUGCUCAAUGAAAGAGCCAUAAAUUGCAGCCAGUGCUUGGUUUGGAUUCUUAUAGUAAAACAUGACCAAGGUUAAUUUAUGAAGCAUCAUUAUUUGGAUUUGAAGGUUUACUUGACCUAUUUUUAUUAUAAUUAUUAAUUUGGGGAAAAAAAUCAUUCCACUUCCAACAUGCUGUUCCCGUUAUGACUUAUUAUUGUAAGAAAAUGGUUGCAAAAUUUGUUGACCUAGUUUUUUGAUAAUAAUAAUAAUGGCAAAUAAUUUUUUUUCUGAGACAUUGUAGGGAUUAUUUGGAUUAUUUAUAGAUAAAUAAAUGA